AGAAUUUCUAGGAGCCAUGUCAACCUCCAAUACUACCUCAACCCACCCAGCUGCCUUCUUGUUGGUAGGAAUUCCUGGUUUGGAGCACUUGCACAUCUGGAUCUCUAUCCCCUUCUGUUUGGCCUAUACUCUGGCCCUGCUGGGAAACUGCACCCUUCUCUGCAUCAUCUGGGCUGAUGUAGCUCUUCAUGAGCCCAUGUACCUAUUUUUGGCCAUGUUGGCAACCAUUGACCUAGUCCUCUCUUCUACAACACUGCCCAAAAUGCUUGCUAUUUUCUGGUUCAGAGAUCAAGAAAUCAAUUUCUAUGCUUGUCUGGUCCAGAUGUUCUUUCUUCACUCCUUCUCCAUCAUGGAGUCAGCAGUACUGCUGGCCAUGGCCUUUGACCGCUAUGUGGCCAUCUGCAAGCCUCUGUACUAUACCACAAUCCUGACUGGGGCCCUUAUCAACAAGAUUGGCAUGGCUGCUGUGGCCAGGGCUGUGAUACUGAUGACUCCACUCCCCUUUCUGCUGAGACGCUUCCACUACUGCCGAGGCCCAGUCAUUGCCCAUUGCUAUUGUGAACACAUGGCGGUGGUGAGACUGGCAUGUGGGGACACGCGCUUCAACAAUAUCUAUGGCAUCGCUGUGGCCAUGUUUAUUGUGGUGUUGGAUCUGCUCUUUGUUAUCCUGUCCUAUAUCUUUAUCCUUCGGGCAGUUUUACAGCUUUCUUCUCAUGAAGCCCGCUACAAGGCAUCUGGGACAUGUGUGUCUCACAUAGGUGCCAUCCUGUCCACCUACACACCUGUUGUCAUCUCUUCAGUCAUGCACCGUGUAGCCCGCCGUGCUGCCCCUCAUGUUCACAUACUCCUUGCUAUCUUCUAUCUUCUUUUUCCACCCAUGAUAAAUCCCAUUAUCUACGGUGUCAAGACAAAGCAGAUUCGUGAUCAUGUACUCAGUCUAUUCCAGAGAAAGAUUGUGUAGAUGUAUAGUUCUUUUUUUCCCCCACUGGCUCAGUACUGGUGAAGGCUGAAUUGAG